AUGGACAACCACAGCUCUGUACUACCCCAUCCACAACACAGCACGGGGGACUCCGACGAAGAGGCAGAUGUUUAUGUGUACAAAUCACGCAUGUCGGGCUUGCAGGAUGAGCCACGACAGCAACAAAGUGCUCUCCGUAAGGCUUCCGUCAAAGACCUCUUGGAGGAGGACGAUGAUGAGCAAACAAACACGCCAGGCACCGCUGACACCAACUCGUCUGAGGAACUCGAAGGCGAUGAUCAAGUCCCUCAUCCUUUCUAUCAUUAUGCUGCUGAGAAAAGAGAUUCUUAUGCCGAUGCGAAAUUGAUCUACCAGCGUCAUCGAAUGGAUACCAAAUCCGAGAAGGACUUUGAUGGCCCCUCGUCACUGAGCAAGUCGUUUACCAUGCCUGCAGCGUUGGAUGGGGACUUUGCGCUGAACCGUGUCUCCAGCAUUGCAUCCCGACAAUCCCGACACAGUCAGAGAGGUGGCGGUCCAGGUGGGCUGAACCUCAGUCAUUCGAGAGAGCAGUUCCCUACUCUACAGACCAAAACAGGACAUCAGCAUGGAUCUGAUGUUGCAUUGCUGGCUGACGCCGCAGCUCGUAGUCACAAGCAUCAUCCUGGUCUUCCUCAUGAGUUCAAGGACCCAUUGAUGGCUCACGAAGGCGUGCAUGGAGCGGGUGCAGGGAUGGGUCUGGGGAAUGGCCCCGGUGGACUUGCAGCAAACGAGGAGAGCAUUGUCAGUGAAGUCCAGGCCAUUUGUGACAAGAUCAAGACACUACUUGACUUGAGGCAGAAGUAUCUCAAGAUCUCACUUCAAUGCAGAGGAGAUAACCCCAAGGACGACGAAGACUGGGAGAUCUAUCCACCUCCUCCAAAUCCUGUUUGGAACGAGCACAAGGCCCGGGAGCCCACAGCCGACAUCAUCCCACCUAACAGUACCUCAAGCAGUCUCUACAUGGCCGAUGCCAAGGCCAACGCAGCCCUCAAUACCAACGAAAUGAGCAGAUUUGCAACAGAAGCCAGUCAAGGCGGAUCCGAAAAGGACACCCCAUCAUCUCCUACUUUCAAAAAGGCUCGAAAAGCGGGACACUCGAUUGGUGAAGAUUUCGAUAUUAGUGAAUGUUUCAUUCCUGGGGAAGGUCGUGCCAAUCUCAAAUUUGCCAUGGACGAAGGAAGUGUGUAUCAAGUUUAUGAUGAAAAUGAUAAACCCAUCGUCCAGAUUCCCUCACUGAGAGACUACUACAUGGCUCUCGACACCAUCCUGGAAGUUGCGUCUGACGGACCGGCCAAGAGCUUUGCAUAUCGACGUCUUCAAUAUUUGGAAGGACGGUAUAACCUUUAUUCCUUGCUGAACGAAUACGAAGAAGUGGCAGACACGAAGAAAGUCCCGCAUCGUGACUUUUACAACGUGAGAAAAGUCGAUACUCACGUGCACCAUUCUGCCUGCAUGAAUCAGAAGCAUCUUCUACGCUUCAUCAAGAGCAAGAUGAAGAAAUGCCCUGACGAAGUCGUACUUGACCGAGAUGGCAAGAAAUUGACUCUGAAAGAGGUCUUCGAAAGCAUCAACCUUACUGCUUAUGACCUCAGCAUCGACACUUUGGAUAUGCACGCUCAUACUGAUUCAUUCCAUCGGUUUGACAAAUUUAACCUGAAGUAUAACCCAGUUGGCCAGUCCAGAUUGAGAGAUAUCUUUCUGAAGACGGACAACUACAUCAAAGGUCGAUAUUUGGCAGACAUUACUCGUGAGGUCAUCUCUGAUCUCGAGUCGAGCAAGUAUCAAAUGGUCGAAUGGCGUAUCAGUAUAUACGGUCGCAAUAUUGAGGAGUGGGACAAACUUGCAGCAUGGGUGGUGGACAACCGACUUUUCUCACACAAUGUGAGAUGGCUCAUUCAGAUUCCCCGGCUGUACGUCCUGUACAAGUCGAUGAAGACGAUGGAAAACUUCGAACAGUGCUUGUACAACAUUUUCCAGCCGUUAUUCGAGGUCACGCAAGACCCUUCGACUCAUCCCAAGCUUCAUAUCUUCCUUCAAAGAGUGAUUGGCUUCGACAGUGUGGAUGAUGAGAGUAAGGUUGAGCGACGACUGUAUCGCAAGUUCCCCGUACCCAAAGAGUGGAAUACGAAGCAAAAUCCACCAUAUGGUUACUGGAUUUAUUACCUCUUCGCGAACAUGACGUCGUUGAACACAUGGCGCAAACAAAGAGGAUUUAACACGUUUCUGUUGCGACCUCACUGUGGCGAGGCAGGGGACACGGAUCAUCUGGCAGCAGCACUUCUUUGUUGUCAUAGCAUUAGUCAUGGUAUCAUGCUUCGAAAAGUGCCGCUACUCCAGUAUAUAUUUUAUCUGGAACAGAUUGGCGUCGCCAUGUCUCCACUGAGCAACAACGCUCUGUUCUUGACGUACGAUCGGAAUCCGUUCAUCAGUUAUUUCAAGAAGGGCUUGAAUGUCUCGCUCUCGACCGACGAUCCACUUCAAUUUGCCUUCACCAAGGAACCACUGAUUGAAGAAUACUCGGUUGCAGCACAGAUCUACAAGCUCAGUGCGGUUGACAUGUGUGAGUUGGCCAAACACUCGGUAGAUCAGUGUGGUUUUGAACUAUCUUUGAAACAGCGGUGGCUGGGGAGAUUCUGCUAUCUUCCUGGGGUGCUGGGCAACGACGUAUCCAAAUGUAACGUGCCAGACGUGCGAGAAGCUUUUCGACACGAGACUCUGAAAGCCGAGCACUCGUUCAUUGCACGAUAUACCAAUGACUACAGUCAUUUCGACCGAUGUACCCCGAACCUGCCAGAUCCAAACGACGCGCUUACACCAAUCGAUGAAGUGUAUAAAGGACUUGAGUCACCUCGCCAAUACUAUGCGACGGUAGCCGAUUCGAUCCCACCAGCUCAAACAGCGCGGUACCCACAUGCCAAGGCAGGGCCAUCAUCAGAUCGUGCCCCGGUAAAUCUAUCACCCACGAGAUCUCGGACGACCUCGAACGCGUUCUUUCCUCCUGCGUCUCAUCCUUCGGACGCACACAUCUCUGGGCAAGAGCCUCGUGUGUUCCCCGGGCUGCAUCAGCAACGGGAGAGGAGACGCAGCCUUCGAGUCAGCUCAAGCCAUUCGGACAUGACAGCAUCGGAUGGCAUGAGCAAUAGCUUGCACAUGGAACCAGGGUUGGCCAAGAUCAUGGUCAGGCAGGAUUCUCAGCUGGCGCAGGUGGAGGACUCGGAUUGA